AUGUCGAAACUCGUAACAAGCCCCUCGCACGGGAAAGGGAAGACCUGUCUUGCAUUUGCGAAGGAUGGCCUACGUGCCUUUACUGGAGGGCAAGAUUGUAUAGUCCGGAUAUGGAAGGUCAACGAAGGCGCAGAACAGGAGCCCAGCACAGCUGCGGAAGCUGAAGACGCCAUUACAUGUGUCGCAGCAGCUGAUGAUUAUUGGUUUUCGGGAAGUGAAGACACGGAAGUUCGAAGAUACUUCAAAGAUUCAAAUCAAUUCGAUGCACCAUUGACCUCAUUCGCGGGAGUGCCAGUUCGAUAUAUUACAGUCGAUCCGAAGGGUAGACGAGUCGCUGUAACCUCCGAUGAACUCUUUGUCAAAGUCGUGGAUAUGGAGGAUCCAGGGAAAAGCAGUCGAUUAGAGGGUUAUACAUCGGGAGUGCGGAGUGCAACGUGGCAUCCAUCGGGAACUCUACUUGCCACAUGCACCUGCGACGGAAAAAUUCUUAUCUGGAAGAUGACUUCUGAACAACCGACCAUAGAGAAGACCAUUGAAGGAAUAAUUCCUGCCGUGAUUGACACAGAGUCGCCAGAAUUCUCUCAUGAAUGCUCGGUAGUAUGGCAUACCUCAGGGCACUACAUUUUUGUGGCAACGAAGGCACAUGAAAUUGCAACCUUCUCUCGCUCGGACUGGAGGAAGACGUCGACAUUCUCUGACAAAAACGUAUCUGGUUCUAUCACGGCUCUUGCAUUAUCCCCGAACGGUGUCUACCUUGCCUCUGCGUCUCAGUCGAGGGUGCAUAUAUGGUCGACAGAGACGAAACGACUUAUUGUCAGCCAAAUCGGGAACCCUGGCUCAACGAUUACACAAAUCGCGUUCUCGCCUCGAGAAAAUCUUCUGGCAUGGACGGACACCGACGGCGUCUUCACACGUUGGCCAAAACCCGUCGCAGAUAAUUUCCCGGACCCAGUGAAACCUGCACUUGCGACCAAUGGACCUGCAACCAUUCCAGUCAAAGCCCCGAGAGCGGCGUUGGAUCUCUUCGGAGAUAAUGAUUCAAUAAUGGGAGGCGCGAAGGACAAGGAUGCCACGAACGAUGUCGAUCUGGAUGACGAUAUGCUCGACGUAGAUGAUGGGUGGAUCGUCGAUGACAUGGAUGGAGCGCUGAAUGAGCCAGAGACGACCAAGGUUUCUGGGAGUGGUUAUGUGAAAGAGAUGGUGAGUAUCACGAAAGCUCAACCACCUUUCCAACCUGGGUCUACGCCAUUCGAGAAUAAGAAACGAUAUUUAGCCUAUAAUAUGAUUGGCGUGAUUGAAGUAACAGAUCAAGAUACUCACAAUAUUGUUAAUGUCGAGUUUUUUGAUCGCUCGUCACGCAAAGGCUAUCAUUUCACGGACAACUUCAAGUACGACCUUGGUUAUCUCGGGGAAAGAGGAUCCGUUUUUGCAUGCCCUCCAGAGAACGGCCAUUCGGCGGAGGUUCUCUUCAAGCCAUAUUCCAGCUGGAAGACCAACGACUGGACGUACACGCUGAAGCGAAAGGGCACAAGAUGCCUCGGUGUAGCUGCUGGUGGUCUACCGCUUAACACGAAAAACACUCAAGAUCUCGAGGUGCAAGGUUAUGGUCAUGUUGUGGUUGCGACAAGCGAACAUGACCUUACUUUCUUGUCUGGCACUGGCCGAGAACGACGGAUCAUGGCCCUUCCUGGAGAGUUUGUGACAAUGGUAGCAAGUGCAGAGUGGGUGUUCGUCGUUCAUCGGGCAGGGUCAACAACCAUCGACGGGUCUCAGAAUCUACACUAUACUAUUAUCAACUUCGAAGAUUUCAGCGUCCGGCAGCGCGACAUUCUACCCGUUCCAAAGGGUCAUACACUCAAGUGGAUUGGGGUAACAGAUCAGGGUGCGCCAGCAAUGUAUGAUAGCAUUGGCUACUUGCACGUCUUGACGAAAUACCGCAUUCCUCACCACGCAUCCUGGGCUCGCAUCAUGGACACCAACAUUUUGGAACGAAGACAAGGAAAGGACGAAUCAUAUUGGCCCGUUGGAAUCACGCAAAGUAAUUUUAUGUGCUUAAUUUUGAAGGGUCGACAAGAACAUCCCUCCUUCCCUCGCCCAUUGAUCCAGGAGCUACCUGUGCGCAUGCCGUUUAGAAGCGAAUUGCCGCAGGAAGAAUCCAUUGAGAGAGAAACCUUGCUCAUCCAAAUGAUCUUCGACACCUUGGACGAUGAACUGACUACCGAUGAUAUCGUCGCUCGCGAAAAGACCAUGGAUAUCGAAUUUGUGAAGCUCAUCCAAGCAGCGUGCAAAGCGAACAACAUACCAAGAGCAAUCGAGCUGACAAAACUUCUGCACAACACCAUGGCAUUCGAAUCUGUCAUUAAGAUCGCAGACUUCUACCACCUUCCUGGAUUGAAAGAGAAGAUGAUCCUCAUCAAAGCAGAACGAGAGGAGAUGGAAGACAGGCUCAUUCUGGCCCGGAACAAACGAAGGCGUUGGCUGAAGCCCGAACCUCCCUUACGCCAGCUGGCUCAGCCCAUUGCCUCUUCAUCUCGCUUCGACCCUCUUGGCGACAGCCGGCCUCCUCCUGUCAUCGAGCGACCAGGCAUGGCGCGUGUCACGAAACCUAUCAUCGAGACCAGCCGUUUCAGUUCUGUCGUACCUCAAUCGCAAGCAACUGAUGUUUCUGCAUGGGAAGAUUCGACAGUUACGGACUUUCCGCCUGUAGAUACCAAACGGAAGCGGGCAGAGAUUGAGGAGUCAUUUCCAAGCUCGGACUUUUCGAUGCCUCCGCCCAAGCAGAAGGUUAAUCCAUUUGCGCGAAAAAAUAACCAGAACCCCUUUGCUCGGAAGACGGAGGCGAAGACCAUCCAGAAGAGUGAAAGCUUUUUCGACAAGGUGGAUGCUGCUGAGUCUGAACCCCGAAAACGACCGGCGGCGAAAAACAAGGAAAAGAAAGAGGGAUCUAAGCAAGCAACCUUGUUCGGAAUGAUGCCAAAGGCUGAUAAAGCUUCGCGAACGAAGAAGGCAACGGAACGAGUCUGCCGGAGUCUCAGCAGGAUACCCUGA